UGUCUUACACUCCACACUGACAUCUAGCUCACAAGCCAGCUCUCUCUGCUCCCACAAGAGAACAAAAUAGAGAGAAAAGAGGGAGCCCAACUGGGUUUUCUACUUCUCUCUUCCACCCAAAACCCAGUGGAGAUUUGAUAAGAGAAGAGAAAGAAGAUAAUGAGAGACCUCUGUUUCUUCACUAUCUUCAUUCUGGGUCUUCUUCUUCCUGGAGUUCAUGGAGAAGACCCAUACAGGUUCUACACUUGGAAAGUCACCUACGGAGAUAUCUAUCCUCUGGGUGUCAAACAACAGGGCAUCCUCAUAAAUGGGCAGUUUCCGGGGCCUCAGAUCGAUGCUGUUACCAACGAUAACUUGAUUAUCAGUGUAUACAACUACUUAAGAGAGCCUUUCCUCAUUUCUUGGAGUGGAUUACAGCAGAGGAGGAACUCAUGGCAAGAUGGAAUGUAUGGAACCAACUGUCCGAUUCCUCCGGGAAGGAACAUGACCUAUGCUCUUCAAGUGAAGGACCAGAUCGGUAGCUUUUUCUACUUCCCCUCCCUUGCAUUCCACAAGGCUGCUGGGGGAUUUGGUGGCAUCAGAAUCUUGAGCCGUCCUCGCAUUCCUGUGCCUUUUCCUGCUCCUUCUGGGGAUUUCACCGUGCUGGCUGGGGACUGGUUCAAGAGAGAUCACGCUGUGUUGAAAGGAAUCUUGGACAGAGGCCACAAUCUUCCUUUCCCGGAUGGGCUUCUCAUCAAUGGCCGUGGGUGGAAUGGAUACACAUUCCAAGUUGAUCAAGGGAAGACGUACAGGUUUAGGAUUUCGAACGUGGGGCUUACAACGUCGAUAAACUUUAGAAUUCAGGGGCACAAGAUGAAGUUGGUGGAGGUAGAAGGAUCGCAUACACUCCAGAACACCUACUCUGCCCUCGACAUCCAUCUGGGGCAAUCCUAUUCUGUCUUGGUCACAGCCGAUCAGCCCCCACAGGACUACUACGUAGUCGUUUCCUCGCGCUUCACUAGUCCUGUGCUAACCACAACAGCCAUUCUUCACUACAGUUGGUCGACCAAGGGCCUCUCUGGUCCUCCCCCUGGUGGACCGACCAUUCAGGUUGAUUGGUCCCUCAACCAGGCUAGGUCUAUCCGUUGGAACCUGACAGCAAGCGGGCCUAGGCCGAACCCCCAAGGCUCCUACCACUAUGGAUUGAUCACAACCAGCCGAACAAUCACGCUUGCAAACUCUGCUCCUAUGAUUAAUGGCAAGCAGAGGUAUGCUGUCAACAGCGUCUCGUUUGUUCCUGCAAGUACCCCGCUGAAACUCGCGGACUACUUCAAGAUCCCUGGGGUCUUUAACCUUGGGAGCAUUCCCAGCUACCCCACCUGGGGAAAUGGUUACCUCCAGACCUCUGUAAUGCAUGCUGACUUCAGAUCCUAUGUUGAGAUUGUCUUCCAAAACUGGGAGGACAUUGUCCAGUCAUGGCACAUUGAUGGCUAUUCCUUCUUUGUCAUGGGAAUGGAUGGAGGGCAGUGGACGCCUGCAAGUAGAGCAAGCUACAAUCUGAGAGACACGGUUGCUCGUUGCACUGUUCAGGUUUAUCCCAAGGCAUGGACUGCAAUCUACAUGGCUCUGGACAAUGUAGGUAUGUGGAAUGUAAGGUCUGAAAACUGGGCUAGGCAGUACCUGGGACAGCAGUUCUAUCUUAGGGUUUUCUCCCCAGCAAAUUCAUGGAGAGAUGAAUUACCAAUCCCAAAGAAUGCUCUUCUCUGUGGCCGGGCAUCAGGCCGCCACACCCGACCUCUUUGAAACCAGCAGACCCCGGAUUGUCACAAGAGGGUGACAUGGUUGCAGGGUGUGAGCUAAGAUGAGAGUUUACCCCAUUGUAAGUGCUCAACUUGAGCAUUGAGUUUAGUCUAUUUUUGUGCCAAGAGUUCCCCAUUUCUAUGUAGUUCUCUGAUUGAAUCCAUUAUCAACUAAUUUUUCGUCCACGUAGAAAAGAAAAGAGCAUUAUUUGUUGA